UAUUAAUUUCAUCCCUACGAAAUGGUUUCCUCGGCCUCCAAAUGGUGGCAAGCCCCCGACGACGCCGACCUGGACUACGGAUUCGAUUCUGACGACUUGGAUGCUAGAUUCGCCGAACCUGCGAGACUUCCCCACCGCCCACGCACCCGCGAAGAACUAGAGCAAUUGGAAGCGCAAGCACAAGCGCAGGCACGGACUCGAGGGCAGGAUACUGGGGAGAAAGGAGUGUUUGGAAAUAUGUCUUCUUGGCUUCACCGACAGGCCGGGUCGCAAAGUUCUCAGCUUGCGACUACGGCGGUGCUGUCUGGUGCUGCCGUUGCUGGUGCCAUUUUUGGUUACCAGGCUUAUAAGAGGAAGGAGGCUGUUCAUGAUUUGAAGGCUUCUAUUCCGAUACUGGAUGAUGAGCAUCCUGCGACGAAGCUCACACAAUAUGGGGUCGCGGACAAUGGAGUUCCACUGAGCAAAGAAGAUGAGCGCAGUGCUGCUCUGGCUCGUAGGGCGCAGCAGGGCGAUUACGAUGAUGACUUGAUUCUUGAACAGCUUGCCCGGAACCGUGUGUUUCUCACAGACGAAGGCCUCGCGAAGCUUCGAGGUUCCUACAUUGUUGUUGUCGGCUGCGGUGGUGUCGGGUCGCAUGCCGCUGCAUCUUUGGCUCGCUCCGGUGUAUCCAAGAUUCGCCUGAUCGAUUUUGAUCAGGUUACAUUGUCCUCACUGAACCGACAUGCUCUCGCCACACUAGCCGAUGUGGGAACUCCAAAGGUACACUGCAUCAGGAGGCGCCUGGAGCAGAUUGCGCCAUGGGUGAUGUUUGAUUGCCGGAAUGAGCUCUUCGGCAAGGAAGCUGCAGAGGACCUUCUCGGCCCAUGGACUCUGACACAUGAAGGAGAGGGCCGUCGGCCAGACUACGUGCUUGAUUGCAUUGAUAACAUCACGUCCAAGGUGGAUCUGCUGCAUUACUGCCAUAAGAACUCUUUCCCUGUGAUCUCAUCCAUGGGUGCUGGGUGCAAGUCAGACCCGACUCGCGUCGUCGUUGGGGAUAUCUCGACCAGCACCGAUGACCCCCUUUGUCGCAGCACCCGGCGUCGAUUGAAGAUGCUGGGCGUUACUACCGGCAUUCCGACUGUCUUCUCGACCGAAAAGACCGGACCGGGCAAGGCUAGCCUGCUCCCCCUCCCCGAGGAUGAGUUCAACAAGGGCAAGGUAGGCGAGCUAAGCGUUCUUCCCGACUUCCGAGUCCGCAUUCUCCCCGUAUUGGGCACGAUGCCUGCGGUCUUUGGCUACACCUUGGCCAACCACGUCAUCUGCAGCGUGUCCGGUUACCCGAUCGACUACAACACCGCCGGAAAGGGCCGCGACAAACUGUAUGAUUCAAUUCUAGCUGCUCUGACAGGCUUCCUGGAGAAGCAGGUGCGCCAAGUCGGCGGUCAGGAUCCCGUCGGUCUCCGUCUCCCCAUCAGCAAGGAGGACAUCCAAUACAUCGUGGAGGAGAUUUACAGGGGCAAGAGCGUUGUGACCGGCCUUCCGAACCGACUCGUGCUGAUUCCUUGGGAGGCGCCAUCGCAAGGAUUCGAGAUGGAUCUCACCUGGGAAAAGGAUGGACAGAAGCUCUUCAGACUUGAUGUGGCGGAAUUGGUCUGCAUGACGAAAGAUGAGGCGACCCGUCACGAACGGGAGGUGCUUCGUGGUGGAAAGAAGGUUGAGGAAUUAUAUGACCAGACGGUCCUGCAGCGGGUGAGCUUGCGGAAAAAGGAGACUGAAGAGUGGAAGAAGCAGGUCGAAGAGUACUUCCAAGUGCAAUAGCUUCUGUAUUAUUUGAGAUAACAAAAUUAACGUCCUCG